UGAGUGUCAAGCAUAACAUGCUCGUUUCAGAUUGUAUUUUUCCUCAAUCGGUACCGAAAUCAUUGUCAAAAUAAACAUAAAAAUUCGAAUUUUCAUUUUCAAUAAGUUCGUAGUUAUCUGUGUUUAUUUAAACUAAAAAAAAUUCAAAGACAUUUCAAUACACUGCAAAAGAAUUUUGUAAAAAAAUUUCAUUGUUCAGCAGUUUGAGUGAUUAUGUGCGCGGCGUAGAAAAAAAAGACAUCAACACAAACAAUUACGAAUCACACAAAAUUUGUUUAGUAAACAAAAGAUAAAUAAGAACGAGAACAAGAAAAUUUGGUGUCAUUUACUUCGUUUUAUAUAGAGACAAUUUUGUUCAUAAGAACCGUUCGAUAAAAGAAAACAGUGCAUUUGUAUUGAAUAUUAUAAACAAACAAGUGACAGAGCAAGAGAAAAGGCACACUUGAUAUAUCAACCUGCCGGCAUUUUUCUGUUUAGUGGUGUUUUAAACGUAUUAUACAAAAUUUAUGUCAUUUUAAUUUAUUUCUUUGCAUUUUAUUUGCGAUAAAACAAAAGACUUCAUAGUUAAGUUAGUUAAUAUUCACGAAAAAAAUAGAAUAUAUUCGAAAAUAGAGUGAGAACAUAAAAUUGAUUGUUUAUUUCCGUUGCGGUCAAAUGUGAGAAAACGAGUUGAAAGCGGCACAUAGUAUACUUAGAUUUGAAGACAACUCCAUUCAAGAAAUUGAGGCGUUUUAUUUGUUUUAUCUGCAAUUCUUCUACUCAACCGACAACUAUCAAAAGAUCUGUAGAUCUCACCUGAAGAAAACGUGAACUACACUGACAUAACUACAUUAGUCCAAGUGUUGAAUCAGAGAGUUGUGAUAAAUAAACAAAACAUUUCUUCAGCGCCAGUACAUCAUUUGGACACUGCAGCGUCUUGAGGCAAUACAUGUUAGUGAUUAAAACGCAAAAAGAGAAUACCAUGUGGAAUUCAGAUUCGCAACGGCAACAGGGCCAAAAUUCAUCAUCGCAAGCGCAGAAUGGCAAUGCGACACGAAAUUAUGGCAUGACAUCGGCGAUUAGUAUCGCAUCCCCGAAACCCGAAGACAUUGAGGCGACCAAUGAAUUACGAAAAUGCCUAGAACGUUUUAACGUAUUUGAAUCAGAUACAGCACUAAAUCAUCGUAUGGAAAUUUUGGCCAAAUUAAAUACAAUGGCCAAUGCAUUCAUAAAAGAUUUAUCGAUAAAUCAAAAUGUACCGGUUGAAAUGGCAUCAAAGCUUGGCGGACGAAUUCAUACAUUCGGCUCAUAUCGGCUUGGCGUACAUUCACCGGGCGCUGAUAUUGAUGCAUUAUGCGUUGCACCACGUAAUGUGACACGCGAAGAAUUCUUCACAUUAUUUACAGAUGUGUUGAAAAAACAACCAGAAGUGACCGAAUGUCGUGCGAUUGAAGAAGCAUUUGUACCGGUCGUAAAAAUGAACUUUGAUGGCAUCGAAAUUGAUUUGUUAUUUGCACGUCUUGCGCUCAAAGAAAUUCCGGAUGAUUUUGAUUUAAGCGAUGACAUGCUGUUGAAAAAUUUGGAUCAAAAAUGCGUACGAAGCUUGAAUGGUUGCCGUGUAACCGACGAAAUACUCAGACUCGUACCGAUCAUUGAAAGCUAUCGCCUUGCAUUACGGGCAAUCAAAUUAUGGGCGAAAAGACGUGAAAUCUAUUCAAAUUCAUUGGGAUAUUUUGGUGGUGUGUCAUGGGCAAUGCUUGUCGCACGCACCUGUCAAUUGUAUCCAAAUGCAGCAGCCGCAACAAUUGUUCAUAAAUUUUUCUUAGUUUUUUCACGUUGGACAUGGCCAAAUCCUGUUCUCUUGAAACCACUUGACAAUGCAAAUCUUGGCUUUCAAGUAUGGGAUCCGAGAACAAGUGUUGCCGAUCGCUAUCAUCAGAUGCCGAUUAUUACACCAGCCUAUCCACAACAAAAUUCAACAUUCAAUGUAUCGGCAUCUACAAAACGGGUUAUUCAAAUGGAAUUUGAGCGUGGCUAUCAAAUUACCGAAGAAAUUAUGAUGGGAAAAGCUACAUGGGAGAAGCUAUUCGAAGAACCAAACUUUUUUCAUAAAUAUCGACAUUUUCUUGUGCUUUUGGUGAGCUCACAAACGGCAGAAGAUCAUUUAGAGUGGUGUGGUUUAGUUGAAUCAAAAGUUCGUUAUUUGGUUGGAAAUUUAGAGCGUAAUCAAUAUAUUAGUUUAGCACAUGUGAAUCCAAAAUGUUUUGAUCGUCAAGAGAAGCAAGCCACAUUGAAUGGUUCAAUAACUGAUGCAAAUGAUAAAUUGGUCACCGCACCAUACUGUUCAAUGUGGUUUAUUGGUAUGGAAUUCAAGAAAACGGAGAACUUAAAUGUCGAUCUCACCGAAAGUAUUCAAAACUUUACGAAUUUAGUACAUAAACAUGCGACAAGCAUUAGUUUACAAAAAGAAGGUAUGGAAAUUGAGGCACGACACGUGCGCCGAAAACAGCUUAAUGUCUAUCUCGAUAAAGAGAUACUUAAUCGAAAGAGUUCCGAUUCAACGCCAACGCCGACAACGACAAAUGCACCAUCAUCGGUACCAAGCGCUAGAAAACGAGCAUCGACUGAAGUCACACAACAGCAAACACAAUCACAACAAUCACCACCACAACAACAACCACAAACACAUCAUAAUGACUCAACUCAAACGAUAAAAAGACAAAGGACUAUGGACAUUGAAAAAAUAUGAAGAGAAAUAAAUAUGAAAAUAAGAACGAAAAACAGAAAAAAAACAUAAA